AGAGGCCGCGGGGCCUGGUCCCGGCUUCAGGGCCGGUCGCGGUGGGGGUUUGCGGGACACUGGGGCUGCGCCACGGCCUCGGCGCGGGUGGCGGGUAAAGCCGCUGCCCCUCAAAGCGCCGAGGCGCGGUUCGCUGCUAGGUUCGGGGCUUUCUCCAGAGGGUGACCUUUGGAGACUCAGAUGGUUUUUAAUCAAGAUACUUGUUUUCUUGCUUGUCGGAGGAAUUAUUUACCUGAUCCCUAAGGGACACGGAGAAGAUGUAUAUCAAAUCAAUCAUUCUUGAAGGAUUUAAGUCCUACGCUCAGAGAACGGAAAUUAAUGACUUUGACCCAUUAUUCAAUGCCAUCACUGGCUUGAAUGGUAGUGGCAAGUCUAAUAUCUUGGACUCAAUCUGUUUCCUGUUGGGAAUCAACAAUCUGUCACAGGUACGAGCUUCCAACUUCCAAGAUCUAGUUUAUAAAAAUGGUCAAGCUGGAAUUACUAAAGCAAAUGUGUCUAUUACCUUUGAUAAUUCUGACAAGAAACUGAGUCCACUGGGGUUUGAAGCUAAUGAUGAGAUCACCGUCACUAGGCAGGUUAUCAUUGGAGGUAGAAAUAAGUAUCUUAUCAAUGGUGUGAACGCUAACAACAGUCGUGUGCAGGAUCUCUUCUGUUCUGUUGGACUCAAUGUCAAUAACCCUCACUUCCUUAUUAUGCAGGGGCGAAUUACCAAAGUUCUAAACAUGAAGCCACCAGAGAUUUUAGCUAUGAUUGAAGAAGCAGCUGGUACUAGGAUGUAUGAAUGCAAGAAACUAAGUGUCCACAAAACUAUAGAGAAGAAGGAAGCCAAACUGAAAGACAUUCAAACGAUCUUAGAUGAGGAGAUCACUCCAACUUUAAAGAAACUGAAAGAGGAACGAUCAUGCUAUCUAGACUACCAAAAACUCGUACGAACAAUAGAUCACCUAGGCCGCCUCUGUAUAGCUUAUCAGUUUGUUCAGGCUGAAGAGACAAAGGCAUCCUCUGCUGAAGUAUUAAAGGGAAUGCAGGAUGAUAUGGAGAAGUUUCAGGAAUCAGUUGUUGAAACUGAAGAGAAGAUGAGGCAACUUAAUGAAGAAAUAGUGGAGUUGGAAAAGAAAAGGGAUAAGGAUGUUGGUGGUACACUCCGUUCACUGGAAGAUGCACUUUCAGAAGUUCAGAGAGUUAAUACUAAGGCUCAAAGUGCUCUUGAUGUCAAGAAGCAAAACUUAAGAAGUGAAGAGAAUAAGUACAAAGAACUGGUAAAAAGUAUGCAGGAGGAUUCUAAAGCAUUAGUGUCAAAGGAGAAAGAAAGAAAGAAGAUAGAGGAAGAACUAAGUGCUUUACAGCAAGCAAGUGGAGAAGAUGCAGGUGCUUUAGCUGCAGCACAACAACAUUUUAAUGCUGUGUCUGCUGGCUUGUCCAGCAAUGACAAUGGGAAAGAAGCUACUCUUUCUGAGCAGAUGAUGACCUGCAAAAUUGAAAUCAGCAAAGCAGUCACAGAAGCUAAACAGGCUGAAAUGAAGUUGAAUUAUGCACAAAAAGAGCUAAAGACAAAACAAGCUAAAGUUAAAAAGAUGGAUGGAGGCUACAAGAAAGACCAGGAAGCACUUGAAGGUGUCAGGAAAAUGACAGAAAAACUAGAGAGCCAAAUCAAGGAGCUGGACUAUGAUGAAAAGAAAGAAGAAACCCUUUCAGCAAAAAAGAAGGAACUGAUGCGUGACAUUAGCCGACUAAGAGAAUUGUAUGAAGGCUUAACGGCAAAGUUUCCUCAUCUACAGUUUGAAUACAAAAAUCCAGAAAAAAAUUGGAAUCCAAACUGUGUGAAAGGCCCUGUUGCGUUUCUUAUCACUGUGAAAGAUCUAUCCAAAGCAAAAGCCCUAGAAGCGGUGGCUGGAGGGAAACUCUAUAACAUUGUUGUGGAUACAGAGGUUACUGGCAAAAAGCUUUUAGAAAAGGGUGAGCUAAAGCGUCGAUAUACCGUCAUUCCACUGAACAAAAUUUCAGCCAGGUGUGUUGGACACAACAUAGUCAAGCUGGGCCGAACCCUGGUUGGUCAUGAUAACUUGGAUUUAGCACUUUCUCUGGUUGAAUAUGAAUCUGAACUGCAGAAGGCAAUGGAAUAUGUUUUUGGAACAACACUGAUCUGUAAUAACAUGGAUAGUGCCAAGAAAGUGACUUUUGACAAAAGGAUAAUGACAAGAAGCGUUACAAUUGAUGGAGAUACGUUUGACCCCCAGGGCACUCUGCAUGGAGGUGCGAGCUCACAGGCUGCACCAAUAUUGUCUAAGCUUCAAGAAAUGAAAGACGUUGAAGCAGAACUCAAGGCAAAGGAAUCUGAACUUGAGACUGUAGAGAAGGAGCUGGCACGCUUGAAGAACCAUGCUGAAAAGUACCAGAAACUGAAGCAGCAGUGGGAGUUGAAGUCUGAGGAAGCACAGCUCUUGCAAGUGAAGCUUCAACAAAGUGCUUAUCACAAACAAGAGGAAGAGCUGCUUGCCCUGAAGAAAACCAUUGUGGAGUGUGAAGAAACAUUAAAGAAAACUGAAGAGAUCCAAAAGAAAGCAGAAGAUAAAUACAAGAUAUUAGAGAAUAAAAUGAAAAAUGCAGAAGCAGAACGUCAAAAAGAACUAAAAAAUGCCCAGCAGAAACUGGAUGGUGCCAAGGAAAAGGCAGAUGCUUCAAACAAAAAACUGAAAGAAAAGCAGCAGGAAGUUGAAGCUUUAGUUCUGGAACUUGAAGAGCUAAAACAAGAACAGGCCUCUUACAAACAACAGAUAGAGGCUGCGGAUAAAGCAAUCAAGUCCUACCAGGAACAAGUUAAUGCUCUGGCAGAUGAGGUGUCUAAAACAAAGGAAUCUGUAGAGGAAGCACAGAAGGAGCUGGCCAAGCAAAAGAAAGUAAUUAUAUCACAAGAUAAAACAAUUAAAGCCAAAUCUUCAGAGGUAGCAAAAUACAGAGAACAAAGCAAUGAAUUACAGCUUAAGGUUAAAGCAUUAGGACAUGACAUCAGCAAACGUCAACAAGAAGCUGCUGAUGCUGCUGCCAAGGUGACCAGAAUGCUGAAAGAGUAUGAAUGGAUAGCUUCAGAGAAAUCACUUUUUGGUCAGCCAAACACAGCUUAUGACUUCAAAAAUAACAAUCCUAAAGAAGCAAGUCAGAAGCUGCAGAAAUUGCAGGAGAAUAAAGAGAAGCUGGGAAGAAAUUUGAACAUGAGAGCUAUGAAUAUGCUUUCUGACAUGGAGGAGAGGUACAAUGACUUAAUGAAGAGAAAAAGAAUUGUAGAGAAUGACAAGUUAAAAAUUCUUAAAACUAUUGAAGAGCUUGACCAGAGGAAAAACGAAGCUUUAAGUAUUGCUUGGAAAAAGGUGAAUGAAGACUUUGGUUCAAUUUUCUCGAUGCUUCUACCAGGAGCUAAAGCUAUGCUAGUACCCUGUAAAUCCCAGAAUGUGAUGGACGGUCUGGAGUUCAGAGUUGCCUUAGGAAACAUCUGGAAGGAAAACUUAACAGAACUUAGUGGAGGACAAAGAUCACUGGUGGCCUUGUCCUUGAUUUUAUCCAUGCUUCUCUUCAAACCUGCCCCAAUUUACAUCUUGGAUGAAGUGGAUGCAGCCCUUGAUCUGUCUCAUACCCAGAACAUUGGGCAGAUGCUUCAUGCUCAUUUCAGACACUCCCAGUUUAUUGUGGUGUCCCUGAAGGAUGGAAUGUUUAACAACGCAAAUGUCCUCUACAAAACCAGAUUUGUGGAUGGUGUAUCUACUGUUGCAAGAUACAGUCAACUUCAAAGCAGAAAUAAGAUGCCUGUCCUGGAGAAAGCCAAAAAGAUACCCAAGACUGGCAAAAAAAGACCUGCAGAACAGAGAAACAGCUCCCCUGACAACUCAUAGGCAGGAGCAGCUUCUUAGGUAUUCCCUAUUCACGGUCUGUAGCUAGUCCGGGAAGAAAUCCUCCAACUGAAACUUUUCUUUAAAAAAGUAUUUUCAAUCUUGAAAUAUUCAUUUAUGGCUUAGCUGUUAGUACACAUUUGCACCUUAUUAAGAUUUGAAAUUCUGUCAUGGGAGACUGUUGACUGUCUUAAUAGCUAAAAUGCCUGCAUUUAUUCUCUUGGUGUCACACAAGAAAUUCCCAUUAUCACUCUCGAAUCAUUUACACACAGAAACAGUGGCUCUGUGAGCCAAACAGGAGGAUGAGGAAAAUCGGGUCUGACUUACAGUGCUUGGGGCAUUCAGAAAACCUGUUGCAAAGUAUAAACACCGUCUUCCUCUGCUGUUGUCAAAUACCAGAGAAAAGUGACAUGCCAGUUCUUUAGGUAACCUUCAUUUUUAAGGAACUGAGCAAUCAGCAACAACUUCAACUCCUGAGUCACUGCUAUGGUGAUGUUUCUAUCAAUUAAACUGCACAACCUGAUUGUGUAAGUGCUUUCCUUCCUUGCUGUUUUCAACUGAACCAUGCCUACUCAGAAUUAAAACACUUUCUCAGUAUUUUACUUAAUGCUGUAUUUCUCAAAGUCUAUUUAAUUUCAUACUCUGGACAUUAGAGGAAAUAGUUUUAGAAAAUAUUUUUAGGUGUGGAUGGUCAUAAGCAAAUUGAAGCAUUCUGAUGUAACUUCUUCAUCUCCAUUUUCCUUGUCUCCCCUUACCAACGAACCCACAUAACACUAUCCUGCUGCCUUUGCUGCAGGGUAGAAAUAACGUAUCUGUGCAGCUACCGCUCCAACAGCCAAAACCAGCUUUGGUCACAGCACUGCAGAGGUCUGUUCACCACGGCAAGCUGGAGCAUGGGACAGGACACUGACCCACCAGGCCCAACAAGGCUCCAUGUUUCAUGGGUGUAUGGUCUGACAGCGUUCAUCUUGCCCAAUGCUGCUGCAGCCUUUUGAUAGCUAAUACCUGUGCAGUUUGUAUCUGUUUGCUCUCUUAAUGUUUAGAGAAGUAAUUUUAAGUGAGGCUGGUUUGGGGAGGUGGGAACAGGGUGCCUGUCAAUGCCUGGAAUAGUUUAGAAAACUUAAAUUCUUUAACCUAAAUAAAUUUUCCUUCUUGUAACUUUGUCUUUUGUAUAUAAGUGUAUUUACAUGGAAUAUAUGUACCAUACAUGCAUCCUGCAACCUUGCCUGGUUCCAAAAGAGCAAGCUGUUGGCUUAAAAAACCAAAUUCACACAGAUUCACUUCUCUCUGAAUAGCGGACACUGUGGACCAUCUGUGGCACUGUUAGGCGAGG